UGUGACCGGUUCCGUUUGCCAGCUGUCCCCAUUCGCCGACGACACCGGAGGCGAAAAGCAGCAGCGGGAGAAGCCACAGACGCGGCGUUCCGACCAACAUGGCCCCCCGCCGCCCGCCCGGUAACGCUGGACUUUACGCGGAGGAGGACGAGUCCUGCUACGGGAUUCAGAAAGCGGACAGAAAGAUCAGGAAACCUCUGGUGGAGAAGAAGAGGCGAGCUCGCAUCAAUGAAAGUCUGCAGGAGCUGCGGAGCCUGC